CUCUUUUUUACUUGAAAUGUUCUGACCAACUUGUUAAUUAUUCGUAACAGGAGGCCCAAUCUAAUCGUUUGAAAUCCCGUAACCCGGCCGCCAUUUUAAAAGCGGAAAUGGCCAUUCGGUCGAUCCCAUCCAAAGGCAAGGCCUGUUUGGACCGAUUUUCAAUGGCGGCCAACGGGACCAUCCGUCCCACCAUUUCUAGUUCCAUCAACGGUCAAAGGCAGUGCAGCUUCUUCAUAGACGCACCAGCCGAUAAGCUCAUCCAGAUGACUUGCUCGGUCAUCAAACUAAAUAGUUCGGGCUCCGGAUUAGCCAUUUACGGAGCUGCCGAAAUCAACGUCAAUCCGCCCGUCGUCAAUCGAAUUUACACGUCAAGGAGCGACAGCAUGUUCCUGUUUUUCAAGGUCGACAAUACGGACUGGUUCGACUGCAAAUGGAAAAUGAUUUCCGCUCCGCAAACAACUGAAUAUCAACUCUGUCGCGAUGGAACAUCCACCACUCCCAAGGGAACAAUUCAGCUAUCAGCGGACGAUACCAGCACAGAUCCGAGAAUGUGCAUGUUUGUCAUUACCGUUCCUUCCGACCACCGAAUUCAGUUGAUGUGCUCCAACGUGACCCUCACCAGCCCUGAUAAUUAUUUACAGUUCCAAACGGUUUCCGAAACUGUGAUAGCCGAUCCACCUGCAAUGAAUCGGGUCUACACUUCGACCAGCGAAAUCAUUUACCUGUUUUCUCAAUUCAGCAAUCAAGACUCUUUCAAAUGCCAAUGGACGACGGUUAUGAUCCCACCACUGACAAAUGAUAACAAACUCUGUCGGGAAAAAAUCACGAAAUCUGCCAGCGGAUCCAUUCAACCGUUAAUGGCUAACGGCACAAAUGUUCAACCGAAUUCCUGUUCGUUUAUCAUCGAAGUUCCUCCUAAUCAAUUGACUGAGAUUUCUUGCCCGGUCAUCAAUUUCACUAGCCCAGGAAGUUAUUUGCAUUUCAGCGGAAUUUCUGAUUUAAACAUGGCUCUUACGCCCCUGGCCAACCGAGUGUACACUUCCGGCGUCGAUUUGAUUCAUUUGAAUUCUCAAAUUGACGUCAGUAAAGAUUGGUUUAAUUGCACAUGGUCAGCUCUUCCGGCUCCAUCGACGACGGAUUUCAAACUCUGUCGCCAUGGAGGAACAACAUCGUCCAGUGGGACCCUCCAACCAUUUUUAGAGGAUCUUAAAACGGGAGAACCGAGAGAAUGCUAUUUCUUCAUCGACGUGCCUUUGAAUGAGGAAAUUGAGAUUUUGUGUUCAUCCAUGAACUUGUCAAGUCCUGGAAGUUAUUUGCGGGUUGUUGGUGUGUCUGAUUUUGACGAGAAUCCGCCCGUAGAAAACGGAAUUUAUUUGUCGAAUGGAACGAGAGUCCUUGUGUAUUCGCAAUUCAACAACGGAGAUUGGUUCGAUUGCAUUUGGGCGUCAACAACCUGCCCUGCUCUGCUGACGACGACAUCGGACUCCUCAAUUGCUACUACACCGACUUUGUUCGGAAAAACUUCUUUGUCGACAACAACAACCACGGGAGUCGCCGAAACGUCGACCACGUCGAGCACAACAACAGUUCCAACAACAUCCACAACGACUUCAACAACACCCCAAACAACAACGGUCUCCACCACUACCACCGCACUGCCAACCACUUCAACAACUAGACCAUCAACGACGUCGAGCACAACAACAGUUCCAACAACAUCCACUACACCAUCUACCACGACUUCAACAACACCACAAACUACAACAGUCUCAACCACUACCACCGCACAGCCAACCACCUCAACAACAAGUUCAUCAACAUCGACGACACAGCCAACUACAACCACACAGCCAACUACAACCACGCGACCGCCAACGACUACCGUCGCACCUGUGACAUGCACUGCUGUAAAUGAUAUCAAUACCUCUAUAAAAUCUUGCGGAACUUGUACGAUUCAGUCGUCAACCAGUGGAACGAUCCAGUCUUAUAACUACCCCUAUGACUCCGGAUCGGCCAAUCCUUCUAAUGCUGCUCGAGUUUUUUGCCGUUAUACGAUCACUGCACCACCAGGCAUGAAAAUACGAUUGGAAUUCACCACGUUCGUCGUCGAAUCUACCAAAGACUUUAUCACUGUUUAUGACGGAAUACCUCCGGCUGAAACGCUUAUAUCGAGAAAUCUCACCGGUUACAUGGGUUACAGCAGUACAUCCAUUACACCCUCUAAUCCGUAUACGACUGCCGCGACUAAUCAAAUGCGAGUCAAUUUCCAGGGGAAUUUUCAAUGGAGUUCAGUUCCAUUAACGGUUCAACCUCCCAGAUGGCAGGCGUCAUUCAUGGUAGUGUCGUAAUCCCAUAACAACCAAGUUGACUUGGUUUGCGCCUAGUGGUACAAUCACGGUGUCUUUUGAAAAAUGUUUUCGUGUGAUUGUGUAUCAACGAAUCAAUAAUUGGAAAAAUAUAAUAUAUUUCGGCUUUACAA